AUGUCUCAUUCCUUGCCGGCAAAGCCUCUCCCUCUCCCCGUCAGCUCCGGCGAUGGAACGGGCAGGGGCAGGCCAAACUUGAUCAUUUUCAUGCCCGACCAGUUGCGGUACGAUGCACUGGGCUGUAGUAGCGAUGGCACGGCACCGAUCCGAACCCCGAACAUCGACGCCUUUGCCCGUCGUGGCACGCGGUUGACCAACUGCUUCACCCAGGCCUCGGUCUGUUCUCAGUCGAGAUGCAGCAUGUUCACCGGCACCUACCCCCAUGUCAGCGGUCAUCGAAGCCUCGAAAACCUCAUCAAGCCCUGGGAGCCGAACAUGUUUCGGUCGCUGAAAGAGUGGGGCUAUCACGUCGCUUUCUUAGCCCCCCGGGGAGACACCUUCGCCCCGACCGUGACCGAGCUGAGUGUCACCGAAUAUGGCUUCCUGGAGACUCCCGGGUUCGUGCCCGACUUUUCAAAGGGUGCCGUGCCUUCAGAGGAUAUCUGGGGCCGUCUCUUCUAUCGCGGCCUGCGAAGCCCCGAGGAGUCACUCGACUACGACGACGCGGUCGUCCGGUCGGCCCUCAAAUGGCUGGAAUGUCCUCCAGACGACCGCCCUUGGGUCCUGUUUCUCCCCUUGAUUUUCCCCCACUGUCCAUUCCAAGUGGAAGAGCCAUACUUCUCCAUGUACGAUCGGUCAGCCAUGCCGGAGGUUUCGCAUGCCACGCAGAAGACGGGUUACGAGCCGCGGUAUAUGAAGGCCAUCCGAGAUCGGUACGGCACGCAUCGGGCCACGGAUGAGAUCUGGGCUGAGGUCAAGGCCACCUACUAUGGAAUGAUAUCCAGGCUAGAUGACCAGUUCGGCCAGCUGGUCGACAAGGUGGACCGGCUGGGGUUGUGGGACAGCACCAUCACCAUGUUCUUUACCGACCACGGCGAAUAUCUGGGAGAUCAUGGUCUCAUCGAGAAAUGGCCUUCGGGUCUUUCCGACUCCCUAGUUCAUGAACCGCUGAUCUUGGCCGGCGCCGGCUUACCCGAAGGACAGGUCUCCGAUGUCAUGUCUGAAAUGGUCGAUCUGAUCCCCACGGUGUUUGAGUUUUGCGGCGUGGCGGAAAGCUUCCCGCACAAUGGCAAGUCUCUGAUCCCCGUCCUUCUCGACGGGGUCCAACAUCACAAGGACUUUGCCUUUUCCGAAGGGGGCUUCUUGACCAGCGAGGAGCCGAUCCUCGAACAAGCCCCGUACCCAUAUGACAUCAAGGCAGGCCUCCAACACGAGGACACGACCUUGGUGGGGAAAGCCAUCAGUAUCCGAGAUCCGACCUGGACAUACGUUUAUCGACUCUACGAGCCCGCAGAGCUGUACCACCGACUACAAGACCCCGGCGAGAUGCACAAUCUUGCCGCCGACCCGCGCCAUGUUCCGGUAGCCAAGCGACUCGAAGCCGAGAUCUUCAGGUGGUUGGUCGAGGGUUCCGACUUUGUUCCUUGGACCAAAGAUCCUCGCUUCCCGGAUGUCAAGCUUCCCAGUCCUCGGACGCAAAUUGAGGAGCGUCUGGCAAAGAAGACCAGGGAAUUGCAGUUGGAUUGA